GCAGUAGUAGUAGUAGUAGUAGUAGUAGUAGUAGUUGAUGUAAGUGCCCGCGGAUUCUGGGUGCGCGGACAGCGGGCGUUCAUGGACAUCCGCAUAUUCGACCCGAUGGCUGCCUGUCACCGUGAGCUGCCCCUGCAAGCCGCCAACCACAGGAACGAGCAGGAGAAGACAAGGGCAUACGGUGAAAGAAUCCAACAUGUGGAUCAGGGCAGCUUCACCCCCCUCGUCUUCACCACAUCCGGCGGGAUGGGUCCCAGGGCCCAAUGCUUCUACGCACGCCUCGCGGAACUAAUCUCAGAAAAGAAGCAUCAGCCAAGGAGUCACGUUGUCGCCUGGAUGAGGUGUCGCCUCUCGUUCUCCCUGCUCAGGUCGGCCAUCCUAUGUCUCAGGGGCACCAGACACUCUUGCCCAAAAGCCACCAACAUCUCCAAUAUGGACUAUGAAGCCACAGUGGUGGAGAGUGACGUUAGGGUGGGUCGGGAGUGACUUGAGUAGGGAAGGAAAGGGG